AUGAAGUACCAACCUGCGAAGACAAAGCUGGCUCCAAGGAAAACAGACACGAACAUCAUUGCCGUUUUUCAACUCAACCUUAUCAAAGGUCUAAAAUCGCUCCGAGCUUUUUUUUGCCCCACCAAUAGUUACACAGCACGCGUCCAAAUCGCCAAGCACUUACGAAGUCUUCUCUUCAACCUUUUUUCGGUGACGGUGUACGAGCUAUCAACUCAGGACGACAAGCUUACAGACGUUCACACCAAGUGUCAAACCAGCCACGUCACGAUGAAAACGUUUGUUACUCUGGGUUUCCUCCUUGUCUGCGUUGCGGUCGGCCUGGCCGACGAGUCGACAGACGAGUGUAACAACUACCAGGAGUUGAGCGACCCCUGGCGGAGCGUGCUGAAUCACAAGCCCGAGGCUCAGUGGGAUGACGUCAUCUGCGACGGUAACGACACCGCCGUGGGGGUUGACGAGGGGUGGUACAGGUUCACCGGGGAGGCGGGGGACAGGAUGCCCGUACAGGCCCCCACCAUGUACCGCUGCGGGGCUCACGCGGGGGUCUUCAUGAACGGUCAGCACCCCUUCAUCGAAGAGGGGGUGGUCACCCGCCAGGCAUGCGCACACUACUCCGACAACACCUGUUACUGGAGCUGGGACAUCAAGGUUCGCGCAUGCCCAGACGGGUACUACGUGUACAAGUUACCGAAACCCGUGACGUGUAAGCUUGCGUACUGCGGCACAACAGUAGAUAUUGUUAUACCCGAUGAACCACCAGUGGAAAAACAUGUGCCAGAUUUGUAACUUGUAGGGUCGAUGUAGGUACAUGUAAACACGCAUAGUUAAUCAAGCUUAAAGGCAUCCAAUGUAGUUUUUAGGGCUUGGAAACCCGUUUU